AGAGAGUGAGUAAAGUUUAGUGUGUGUGUUUUCUUUCUGCCAUAUAUAGGGGCAAACUUGCUUCGAGACGAGGUUGUGUGUUACAUAGUCUGUGAUCGAUCUGCAAACCUCUCUUUCUUUCUAUCAUUCUUUCUUCUAUACCCCCAGGACUAUAAGGAGCUCUGCAUACUUGGCCUGCUUUAGCCAAAGCUGGAGGAAAAUUUCUGAGUACUUGAUCGAUUAUUUUGUCCUGUUGAUUUCGAAGAUCUGUUCAGUUGCUGGCAAACAUGGAAGGAAUGAAUGAUGUUCAUGAUGACGGAUCCUUCAUGUUCACCUCAGAGUCUGUGGGAGAAGGGCAUCCAGAUAAAAUCUGUGACCAAAUCAGUGAUGCAGUUCUUGAUGCACACUUGAAGCAGGACCCAGAUGCCAAAGUGGCCUGUGAAACUGUUUGUAAGACUGGCAUGGUACUUCUCUGUGGUGAGAUCACAUCUCGGGCCAACGUUGACUACCAGAAGGUUGUGCGAGACACCAUUAAACACAUUGGUUACGACAACUCUGAAAAAGGAUUUGACUAUAAAACCUGCAAUGUGCUGGUGGCUCUCGAGCAGCAGUCUCCUGAUAUAGCGCAGGGUGUCCACGUUGACAGACAUGAGGAAGAUAUUGGAGCUGGAGACCAGGGGCUCAUGUUUGGUUACGCCACUGAUGAGACGGAGGAGUGCAUGCCACUCACUAUUGUCCUCGCUCACAAACUCAAUGCCAAAAUGGCUGAGCUGCGGCGGGAUGGCACCAUCCCAUGGCUCCGCCCAGACUCAAAAACUCAGGUCACUGUGCACUACAAGCAGGAGAACGGCGCUGUGAUUCCUUUGCGUGUCCACACAGUGGUCAUCUCCGUCCAACAUGACGACUGCAUUUCACUGGAGGAGCAGCAGCGCAUUCUGAAGGAGAAGGUCAUCAAAGCUGUGGUGCCAGCGAAAUAUCUCGACGAUAAGACUGUCUACCAUCUGCAGCCAAGUGGACGCUUUGUCAUCGGAGGGCCUCAGGGAGAUGCUGGUGUCACAGGUAGGAAGAUUAUUGUGGACACAUAUGGUGGAUGGGGGGCUCAUGGUGGUGGAGCAUUUUCUGGAAAGGACUACACCAAGGUGGACCGCUCUGCUGCCUAUGCUGCACGCUGGGUGGCUAAGUCUCUGGUCAAGGCCAAACUGUGCAGAAGAGUGUUGGUUCAGGUGUCUUAUGCCAUUGGAGUCGCCUAUCCUCUCUCAAUCUCCCUUUUCACUUACGACUCAUCCGAAAAAACUGAGAAGGAGUUGCUACAGAUUGUCAACAAGAACUUUGACCUCCGACCAGGUGUCAUUGUUAGGGACCUGAACCUGAAGAGACCGAUCUACCAGAGCACCGCGUGCUACGGUCACUUUGGCCGAUCCGAGUUCCCCUGGGAGAUGGCCAAGAAUCUCAAGGUUUAAACCGAGAGGCGCGCGAGUCUUACCUUCAGUCAUUCAGGCGUUCCUCUCUCAGCUGAUCUUAGUUCUCUUCCCGCAUAUGCUACAUUUCAGAUUAGACGAAUAUAUAUAUAUACUGUAGGCUAAAUGUCAAGAUUGAUCAAUUAAAUCCGGUCUUUUAUUUAGAAGCCUGUCGUGAAAGGAUACCGUGACACUCAUGACAAUCUAUCAUUCCUUCCGUGUUGCCAACUGAUUUUCAGGGGGAGUUGCUAAAGGUAGAUCGAUUUGUAGCUAAAAGUUGUAAAAUGACGUUGUGACGUCAUUGCACGAUGAUGUCACUGCAUAACCACGACACAAAACACACAACGACAUUAUUCAAAUCUCAACAAAAAAUGUUAUUUGUUCAUAGAAGUAUCAUAAACAUAAAGUAUUGUAAUUUUUAAAAGUCACAAGUAAUAUCUUUAUGAUCAGAUUUUUUUUUUACAACAUAAAAUUAUUGAACAGUUAGCCUACACAUUUUAUGUAUUUUCUAAUUAGUAAAAUUAGUAAAAUUGCACAUUCUGAGCAAAUUUUCUUACAGUGUACCUAACUGGACAACAGUUAUAUAUACAAGCUAAUGACAUGCUGUAGAAGCAAAUGAUAAAUGUGCAUUUAUUAUUGACCAAUUGGAACUAGCAACUUAAUGCACAGUUGAUGUUUGUACUGUUAGGCAUCUCUCUCCAGCUCUCUCCAGGCUGAUGUGCUGCUUGACUGGCUGGCUGUUCAAUGGUUUCAUGUUUUUAUGUCAUUUAGAUGAAAAUAUGUGCCUUUUUUUAUCAGAGUCACUUUACAAAAGUUGCUAAAAGUUGCCAAAAACGUUUUUUUUUAAAUAGCAAAUUUUGUUGCUGGGUUGUCUGAAAAGUUACUAAAUCUCUACCAACAAAAUUACUAAAUUGGCAACACUGCAUUCCUUAAAGCUAAAGUGCGUUCUAGCCUAUAUACCAGCUUAGAAUAGGGAGAAAACCUUAAGUAAUCAGCUCAUAGUUUGAUUACCUUAAAAAGUGUAAGUACUGUGAGUCUGUGGUGCUAUCAAAACAUUACUCUGUCAGCAGCAACACUGGCGAGAGUUUUGGGCGGGAAUAUCUGUUUUUCUGAUCAAUGGAAGAGAGCUUGGGAAAACUGCAGUGCAAUUCUGUUUGGUGCCACUAGUGCCUCACAAAAACACAUUUCAUCUUACUUAAAAUUAUUUAAAUCAUAAUUAUUCAGUUUUUACUACACUGUAAUUUCUGUUAAUUUUUUAUGAGCCAAAUUAACUAUUUAGUCAGUUUCUCAUUGUGGCUGUUACAGCAGUGUGUUUUGCGAAGAGUUUUAAGCAUAUUGUGGACCAUUUGGGAGCUUUAGGUUUUAUAAGUUAUACAAUCUGAGAAACAUAUUCCUUGCAUCAUAUAUUUACAGUCUUAAAAGGGUCUAAUUUGUGUGCCUCUUUCUUGCAUCAUAAGAACAUUAUCUUAUUAUGCUUCAUUUUUUGACUGCAUUAUCUCAAUAAUGUUUGAUAAUAGCAGAGGGAUACUAUGAGAAUAUUGUUGUUUACGUGUACAGAUCCUGUGCUGGUCUUACAUUAAUUGUCACCCCUGGAGAGUGAGCAUAUGUGUGUGUGUGUGUGUGUGUCCUACUUCAGUCAUGAACAAAGCCAGAUUAUGUUGCACACUUGAAAUGUGUGUGAAAGCCACUCAUUUAUUUUCUUUAGACUUCUGGGAGUUCAACAGAGGCAUUAACCCUUACAAACACUGUAAACCAACUUCUUACUGUUUUCUUUCAGAUUUUCGACUUUUGUCUUUAAGAUUGAAUUAAGAAUUUGACAUGUAAAUAAUUGUGAAUAAUUAAAGUUGAAGAAAAUUCUUCAUAUA